AGGAAGAAGAAGAGGAAAGAGAACACAAGAUAAUCAAGUGGGGGGGGAAAGAACAGGAGUGAGGAGGAGGUAAAGAACUGCGGUGAAGAAGAAAGACAAACUCAAAGCACUCAUUUGUAAAAAAGAAAACCAAACAAACCUAAAAGCUUCAAAACUGGGAGAGCAGCCCCUAUCCACUCACUUCACCCCCUGAAGGGGAGAAGAUAGCGUAGUUCACCUUAACAAUCAGAAAUGGUCUAAAAGCCAGCGCAAGGUCCAAUGCAAUAUUCCAAGCUAUUUCUAGUUUCUUCCACCUAAAUUUGGAAGGGUUUCUUGCUGCGGCUGGGGAUUGUCUGACUGGAAGUGGUAAACUUUAAGGAGCCGCGGGAGCCCAGGGGAAAGGGAGCUUUGAAAGAGAAGAAGUUGUGUUGAUUGGGGUGGUUUCCCGAGGAGGAGAAAGGACGAUGGGCUGGAGGAGUCGGUGCUGCCUGGGACGAUUGGACCUGCUCUGUGUGUUGGCCCUCCUUUUGGGCUGCCUGCUGCCCGUGUGUAGGACUCGCGUGUACACCAACCACUGGGCUGUAAAGAUCGCCGGGGGAUUCCAGGAGGCCAACAGGAUAGCUAGCAAAUACGGAUUCAUCAACAUUGGACAGAUUGGUGCACUGAAAGAUUACUAUCACUUUUACCAUAGCAGGACAAUUAAAAGGUCUGUUCUCUCAAGCCGAGGAACCCACAGCUAUUCAAUGGAACCAAAGGUUGAGUGGAUACAACAGCAGGUGGUUAAAAAAAGGAUAAAGAGGGACUUUGAACUCAGUGGUGCCCAGUCUACUUACUUCAAUGACCCCAAGUGGCCAAGCAUGUGGUAUAUGCACUGCAGUGAUAACACUCACCCCUGUCAGUCAGAUAUGAACAUUGAAGGGGCUUGGAAGAGAGGUUACACUGGAAGAGAUGUUGUGGUCACUAUCUUGGAUGAUGGCAUCGAAAGGACUCAUCCAGAUUUGGUGAAGAACUACGACUCUCAAGCAAGUUUUGAUGUGAAUGGGAAUGAUUUCGAUCCAAUGCCUCGUUAUGAUGCCAGCAACGAGAACAAACAUGGGACCCGUUGUGCUGGGGAAGUGGCAGCUGCAGCAAACAACUCACACUGCACAGUAGGGAUUGCAUUCAACGCCAAGAUUGGAGGAGUGCGAAUGCUAGAUGGAGAUGUAACAGAUAUGGUUGAAGCAAAAUCGGUUGGCUUCAAUCCCCAAUAUGUGGCCAUCUACAGUGCUAGUUGGGGUCCAGAUGAUGAUGGCAAGACGGUAGAUGGACCCGCUCCUCUAACCCGGCAAGCCUUUGAAACUGGUGUGAGAUUGGGAAGAAGAGGCCUCGGCUCUGUUUUCGUCUGGGCAUCCGGAAAUGGGGGAAGAAGUAAAGACCACUGCUCCUGUGAUGGGUACACCAACAGCAUCUACACUAUCUCAAUAAGCAGUACCGCUGAAAGUGGGAAGAAACCGUGGUAUCUGGAAGAGUGUUCGUCUACACUGGCCACAACGUAUAGCAGUGGAGAAUCCUACGAUAAGAAAAUCAUCACCACAGACUUAAGGCAGCGUUGCACAGACAACCAUACAGGAACAUCUGCCUCAGCUCCUAUGGGCGGCAUCAUCGCCCUGGCCUUAGAAGCCAAUCCGUUUCUGACCUGGAGAGAUGUGCAGCAUGUUAUUGUAAGGACUUCCCGUGCAGGACAUUUGAGCGCUAAUGACUGGAAAACCAAUGCUGCUGGUUUUAAGGUGAGCCACCUCUAUGGAUUCGGGCUGAUGGAUGCAGAAGCCAUGGUGAUGGAAGCCGAAAAGUGGACCACUGUCCCCCAGCAGCAUGUGUGUGUGGAGAGCACUGACCGGCAAAUCAAAACCAUACGACCCAGCAGCGCUGUCCGCUCCAUUUACAAAGCUUCUGGCUGCUCCGACAACCCCAACCACCAUGUGAACUACCUGGAGCAUGUGGUCGUCCGCAUCACCAUUACCCACCCUAGAAGGGGAGAUCUGGCCAUCUAUCUGACCUCACCUUCAGGAACCAGAUCCCAGCUUUUAGCCAACAGGCUAUUUGAUCAUUCUAUGGAAGGAUUCAAAAACUGGGAGUUUAUGACAAUUCAUUGCUGGGGAGAAAAAGCAGCAGGUGACUGGGUGCUGGAAGUUUAUGAUACCCCAUCUCAGCUGAGGAACUUCAAGACUCCAGGCAAGUUGAAAGAAUGGUCUUUGGUCCUCUAUGGAACAUCCAUUCAGCCUUACUCUCCAACAAAUGACUUUCCCAGAGUGGAACGUGUACGUUCUAGUCGAGUGGAGGACCCUACAGAAGACUAUGUUACAGAUGAUUAUGCAGGUCCUUGUGACCCUGAGUGCAGUAAAGUAGGAUGUGAUGGGCCAGGACCAGACCACUGCAAUGACUGUCUGCACUACUAUUACAAACUAAAAAACAAUACUCGAAUCUGUGUCUCAAGCUGUCCCCCAGGUCACUACCAUGCAGACAAGAAGCGCUGUAGAAAAUGUGCCCCCAAUUGUGAGUCUUGCAUUGGAAGCCAUAGCAACCAAUGCCUGUCUUGCAAAUAUGGAUACUUCCUGAAUGAAGAAACCAAUGCUUGUGUCACCACCUGCCCAGAUGGAUUUUACCAGGAUAUGAAUAAAAACCUUUGCCGGAAAUGCAGUGAAAACUGCAGGACGUGUACUGAUUCUCAGAAUUGCACUGAAUGUAGACAUGGCUUAAGCCUCCAUGGAUCCAGAUGUACUGUCACCUGUGAAGAUGGGAAAUACUACAGUGGAAAGGACUGUGAGCCGUGUCAUCGUUUCUGUGCCACCUGUGCAGGAGCAGGAGCUGAUACAUGCAUUACCUGCAGUGAGGGCUACUUCAUGGAAGAUGGGAAGUGCGUACAGACCUGCAGCAAUAGUUACUAUUUUGACCACUCCUUAGAGAGUGGUUACAAAUCCUGCAAAAGAUGUGCUGCCAGCUGUCUGGCCUGCAGUGGUCCUGGAGACAGAAACUGUACCAGUUGCCCUAGUAAUUAUCUCUUAGAUACAGGGGCCUGCAUCCUUGGAGCAAUCUGUAAGGAUGGGGAAUACAUUGAUGACCUGGGCCGCUGCCUACGAUGUGAAGCCUCUUGUUCCACAUGCCGGGGGCCAACUCAAGAGAACUGCACCAGCUGCCCCAGUGCAAGGUUUUUCGACAAUGGCCGCUGUGUCCUGACCUGUCCUUCAGGGAAAUAUGCAUUUCACAACCAAUGCCAUCCAUGUCACCACACUUGUCAAGAAUGCCAAGGAAGUGAGCCCUCCAACUGUACCUCUUGUGGCACAGACAAGCGUGGGAAGAAACGCUUCCUGUACAUGGGUGAGUGCCGGGAAGGCUGCCCUGCCGGGUACCACCAUUCUGACAACGCCUGCCUUCCCUGCCCUGAGAACUGCGCGCUCUGCACCCGCUCUUCUCACUGCUCUCGAUGUUUUCAAGGAUACUACAUCUCACCCACAAACAACAGCUGCCAGAAGUUGGAAUGCAAAGAAGGGGAAGUGAAAGAUCCAGACUAUGAAGACUGCAUGCCUUGUGAAGAAGGAUGUCUGGGCUGCAGGUCUGAUGAUCCAGGAACCUGUACGUCCUGCGCUACGGGGUAUUACUUGUUCAAGCAGCACUGCUAUGAAACUUGUCCCGAGAAGACCUACAGUGAAGACUUUGAAUGUAAAGAGUGUAGUAGAAACUGUGGGGACUGUGACCAGAAUGAGUGCUACUGGUGCGAAGAGGGUUUUUAUCUUUUCGGUGGCAUUUGUGUUAGAGAGUGUGGCCCUGGUUUCUACAGUGAUGCUGAAAAUGGAGAAUGUGAGCCAUGUCACCGAACCUGUAAAACGUGCACAGGGCUUGGCUGUGAUCGGUGCAGCAGCUGCAAAGGAGAUUUACAGCUGGUGGAUGGGAAGUGUGUGGACCCAUCCAAGACCCCAGGACAGGACAUGUUUGGGAGCGGUAACUGGAGAAAACAUCACCUUUGUGAUCCUUCUUGUAAAACCUGUAAUGGAUCGGCUACUCUGUGCACUUCCUGUCAUAAAGGAACCUAUCUUUUCUCUCAGUCCUGCAUCCCUUCCUGUCCCCAAGGAACCUGGCCCUCAGAGAAGAAUGGGAGAUGUGAGAAAUGCACAGAGGAUUGUGAGUCCUGCUCUACAAUGAACAAUUGUAUGAAGUGUCUGUCUCAGCCAGACCACCCACUCUACCUGCACCAUGGCAGGUGCUACACACAGUGCCCUGAGGGGUUUUAUGCAGAAAAUGGCACUUGCAAAGCCUGUGACUUAGUUUGUAAAACAUGCGAAGGAAACGCCACCAACUGCCUCUCAUGUGAAAGGGACCUGGUCUUGGUCCAGGGCGUGUGCCAGGAAUCCUGCCCUGAGAGGUACAUUGCUGUGGACGGAAUGUGCAGACAUUGUCCAGAGAUGUGUCAAAAGUGCAUACAUGAGAAAACGUGUAAAGAAUGCAUGCCUCCUUUCCUCUUGCAUGAUGAAAUAUGCCUUCGGGACUGCCCUGCUGGCUUCUAUGAAGAUUUCUACAAGUGUUCCCCUUGCAGUGAGAGCUGUAAGGAGUGCAAUGGCCCUGAUGAUGAUGACUGUAAAGUCUGCCCUGAUUCCUUUGUCUUCUAUAAUGGACGGUGUCUGGAUGCAUGCCCAGAUGGAACUUACUAUGAAAAGGCUUCCAAAGAUUGUAAAGGUUGCCAAGAGAACUGCAAGACUUGUUCCUCUUCUUGGACAUGUGCCUCUUGUAAAGAAGGCAUGGCAAUGACGUGGCUGGGGGCCUGUGUGCCUGACAAGGAAUGCAGCUCUUCUGAGUACAAGGAUGAGAAGGCUCAGACCUGUAAACCUUGUCACAUGAAAUGCUUUCACUGCACGGGACCUGCUGAAGAUGAGUGCCUCAGCUGCCCCAACGAGGGUCUUCUUCUCAAUACAACUUGUGUAGAAAAGUGUCCUGAUGGCUACUACACUGAUACAGAGAAUCACCGAUGUUCUCCCUGCCAUAGCUCUUGUGAGACAUGUGAAGGGAAGCAUAGCACCCAAUGCCAAUCCUGCCACCCAGGCUGGUUCAGGCUAGGAAACAAAUGUCUGCUAGAAUGUGAGGAAGGAUAUUAUGCAGAUAAUUCCAGUGGACUAUGUGAAAAAUGCAACCAGGACUGCAGAGAGUGUUGGGGCCCUCGCUCCACAGACUGCCUGUCUUGUCACAAAUAUUUCUUCCUGAUCCACUCUAAAGGAGAAUGUCGUCGCACCUGUCCUGAACACUACUAUAUGGAAAACAGUACACAUACCUGUGAGAGAUGUCAUCCAACCUGUAGUGAGUGCAAAGGAAAGGGACCCUUGAACUGCUUAUCCUGCAUGUGGAGCUACCAUCUCUUGGGAGGAAUCUGCAGCUCAGAUUGUCUUACAGGAAGCUACAGAGUAGGCGAGGGAGAAAAUUUCGAAUGUGAUAAAUGCCAUGAGAGCUGUAUUGAGUGUAAGGGCCCAGGCCCCCAAAACUGCACCAUGUGCCCAGCUAAUAUUAUGCUCUAUGUAGAGGAGGGUCGCUGCAUCCCCUGCUGCAACAGCUCCAGUUCCACACAUGUUCAGGAUUGCUGUGACUGCCAAGAGACCACAGAGGAGUGCAGCUUUCGACAUGGUGCGAUUAUGCCCAAGACCGAGAAGUCAAAGCGGACAGGUCUGCUCAUCACUUCCUCCAUCAUGCUGAUCCUCAUCUUUGGGGUCACAGUCUAUGUCUGGAAGAGGUCCCGGGCCAAAUCCCAAAAGGCUCACAAGGCUGGAUAUGAGAAACUGUCAUACCAAAACAAGACUUCCUCUUCCUAUAAAACCAGCUACGGAGCGGGCACCAACUUCCAGGAGGACCAAGUUAUUGAAUACAGAGACCGGGACUAUGAUGAAGAUGAAGAUGAUGACAUUGUCUACAUGGGUCAAGAUGGCACAGUCUAUCGGAAAUUCAAGUAUGGUCUUCUGGAUGAUGACGAUGAAGAUGAGUUGGAAUAUGAUGACGAGAGCUACUCAUUCAACCAUCAUCUUCUUAAUGGAAAGUGAAACCACCUACAUUCAUGGUGAAGAAUUCCUUCUUGGAACUCCUGUGUUGCUUUAAUACACCCCUCUUAUAAAAAGCUAACUUUAAAGCCUAUAUCAGAGGUUUUGGUGUUUUUUUGUGUGUGGUAUAGACCCCUUUGACAACUCAGUAAAACCUAUGGGCCCAUUUUCAGAAUAAUAUUUUUAAGUGAAUAAAAUAAAAUACGUAGUAUUACAAAGGAAGUCAAUUAUCAAAUACCAAAAUUAUCAAAGUAUUUCCACAGUUAUCAAAAUAUUUUUCACAAAACAAGUUCAUGGACCCAAGGUUAAAAACUCCUCAGCUAUUUAUAUACCCACCCACACAUGCACACACCCACUGUGUGUAUGUAUGUAUACACACACACACACACACACAUAUACACAUUAUGGAAUCAUGAAGCAACUAAAAUUGUCUCUACUAUUUGUGGGGGAGGGGCGACCACCACACCUGAGAUUUCAUAUGUGUAAGGAAUACAAAUGAGCAAGUUCCCUUUGCAACUUUUAUUCUUAGACAAGUUGCCUGUUGAGAUUAAGAGAUUAAGUGACUUGUCCAGGAUCACACAGCCAGUUUAUGGCUUAGGCGAGUCUUGAACAAAGGUUUUCCUGAUGCCAAAGCUGGCUCUCCAUCCUUUAUGUCUACCUGCAUCUUCAGCUACAAGAAUCUUUUAAAAAUUGUGCUGCUUCUCUUCCAAUCCAAUAUUGAAAUAUAAGAGAUUAUGAACAAAUGAGCCACCUUGCCAGGGUGGAUUGCUCCACCUUUAUUGUAGAGCCUCUGAGAUUGUACAAUGUUGUUGAUAUUGUUGAUACAGUAUCUUGUUCUUGCUAUUUUCAAAGCUAUUUUCAGGGACCCCGACACUCCUCUCCAGCACCUAGAAGUUGUUUCCUGUUUGGAAAAGACUGGUGUUUAUGAUACAUUGUUUAAAAUUUAAAAGGUCCUUGAAAUCUGAGAACGAUUGUUGUUGUAACUUAAAAUGAAAAAGUCUGCUGUUUGUAUCUGCUGUUAAAACUUAAUGUCCCUCUUCUUUGUCAGAAAUGUCACAUUACAUUCAAGUUGCUUUGCAACAAUGUGCAAACAAGGGUUUAAUAGAUAAAAUACACAUUGGGGGAAAAUAAACUUGUUUUGUUGUUUUCUGUUUUGCAAAAGCCUUGGUAAUUUUCUGAUGAAUCAGUGAGCCCUGGGAAUACACCAAGAGACUGGGUAAU